AAGAUGGCUGCCUCUAGUUGACAUUCCGAAGUUUGUCUGCAGUUUUAAUCGUCCGGAAUUAAAUACGUGAAAUAUACAAAAUGGUUUUGACACGUGGAAAAGCGUUCGAGAUUUUAGAGUUGUCAUACGGUUCUGCAGAAGAUGAGAUUCGUUCAGCGUAUAAACGAUUAGCAUUAAAAUGGCAUCCGGAUAAGCAUAAUAACUCUGAAAUUGCUACUAGGAAAUUUCAGGAGGUGUCGUCCGCGUAUAAACUUUUAACAACUGCAGAAGAUGCCAUUGAAAAUGACUUCAUGACGCUAGAUGACAUGUUUGAAUUAUUUGCACGAAUCUUUUUUGCUGCAAGGUUUGAAGCUUAUAAUGGUGAACAUGUCUUGGGGAGUGGGUCGUCUUCGGAAGAAGAGGUCACCACCAGUGAUGAAGAAGAAGAAGAAGAAGAAGACAUCUUAACAAUUUUUGCUGAUAGGCUUAAAACAAAAAUGAAAGCUCGCAGGGGAAAAAAUCAAACUUCUGAAUUUGGGUUCCGAAGAAAACUUACAGAAGAGGAAGCCAAAAAGAAUGCUGAUCAGCUUAUACAAGAAGAAGAAAAAAUUAAUAGGUUGCGAGAGAAAAGACGAAAAAAGAAGAAACGUCAGCGAGAAAGGCGAAGGCAAGAAAAACUAAAAGGAAAAGAAAAUGAGAAUCAAGGUGCAAAUAAUGCAAAAACGAAAACUAGCGAUGGAAGUAGUGAGUCUGACGACGAAGACUACGAGGACAGCGAACACAUGGAGGAGAUUACAAAGAAACUUUCAUCAUCUUUAAACUCAAAGUCUUCCAAACCUAUCUCCAGUAAAAGUGAUAUUAAAAAGGACACUGUCAAAAAGCAAUUAGUCAAUAAUAAUAGUACUGAGUCUAAAAAGCCUGUAAAAACAAGUAAAAAAGAUAGGUCAAAAACAGAUCUUGAUUCUGAUGACGGACUUGAUCCGAAUAGUGCUUUUGUUGCCAAGGCUGCUGCGAGUGCUCGUAAAAUUUCUACUCAACAGUCUGCAACUAAAGAGAAACAAGUCAAAAAAGAAAAACAACAAAGUAAAGAGACACCAAAAAAUGAUGAAAAAGAUUCUGUAGAAGAUUUAGAUCCUGUUGUUUUACGAAGUAGGCAAAUAGCGGUUCGAGGUAAUGAAAUGGCCAAUCUUGGUCAUUACACUGCAGCAAUAGAUUUAUUUACACAAGCUAUUAAACUAGACCCUAGGGAUUUCAGGUUUUUUGGUAACCGUUCAUUUUGUUAUGAUCGCCUCGACCAAUAUGACAAAGCCCUAAAAGAUGCUGAUAAAGCAAUCGCUUUAGCAAAAGAUUGGCCAAAAGGUUAUUUUAGAAAAGGACGAGCACUUGCAGGUCUUAAGUUAUUUGCUGAUGCUGAGAGUUCGUUUGAAAGAGUUUUAAAAUUAGAUCGUCUUUGUGAAGAUGCUAUGCAAGAGUUACUUAGAUGUAGAACAAGACAAUUAAUGGAAAUGGGUUUUACUCGGUCGCAGAGUGAAGCAGCGAUACGCCGACAUGGCACUGUACAGCAAGCUUUAGAAUCACUUUUAGCUGGAGCGGUUCUGCCGCAGGAAAGUGAAGAAAUUUAUAUCUCGGACGAUGAAGAUCAAAUUAGUAAAUCUAUUGAAGCUAGCAAAACAGAUACAAAAAAUCCUGAGGGUCUAACUUCUUUAUGGAUAGGAAACGUUUUACCAAAAGUUACAGAAAAAGAUAUCAGAGAAGCAUUUGGAAAAUAUGGACAGUUACAAAGUGUUCGAAUGUUACCAGAAAAAUUUUGCGUUUUUGUCAAUUACAAAAGAAAAGAUUCUGCCAGUAAAGCUAUGGAAGCCCUACAGGGCCUAGAAAUGCAGGGUCAAAGGAUACUGAUAAAAUUUCCUGACAACCCAAUAGUGAAUGGUCAACCUCGUACAACAGUUAUCAAAAAAAAUCAUCCAACUUCGUCUAGUAUACCUGCUACGUCGUCAGCUUUACCCAGUACAAUAAAAAUUAACCAAAAAAUAGUAACACCUGCAAAUGCUGCUGUUCCUUCUUCACCUACUAGUACAAAUACUACAGAUGUUAAUGAUUCUCUGGAGCCGAGACAUAAAUUAAAAGGUCCUGUCAAUGGUGAUGAAUGUUACUUCUGGCGAACGACGGGGUGUGCGUUUGGCGACAAAUGUCAUUAUGAGCAUUUACCAGAAAGUAAAGGCAUUGACAAGAAACCGUGGCAUAAAAUAACCAAAGAAUAGUUACCUUGUAAUAGAUGUGUAUCACAUAAUGUCUGCUAAGCUGAGUGAACUAGCAAAUCUCUGUGUGAACAGUGUGGACUGUUGUCACUCUCUGUCGUCAUCGUCUUUACGUGGCUUUGUCCUCGUUCAUUUUUUUUCAAUCUGUACAUAUCACGUCUUGAAAUUGUUUCUUUAAAAACCUAAGCAAUAUUAUUGUGGGGGAGCUGAAACCCAAAUGGAACAGUGUUUCUGUGUUGUCAGAUUGAUACUUUAUGUAUUCGUAUGUUAGACCAAAAAAUUU